AUGACGACGAUUACCUGUCCUACUGCACCGUUUGCUGACAGCAGCUCCCAGGACACAACAGCAGCGGUGUUGGUGUGGGUUACUAGCUUAGUGGAUAGAGGUGAAAGAGUAGAGGUGAUAGAUCUUCAUUUUAGUAAGGCUUUUGAUGAAGCCCCACAUGACAUUCUCAUAAGCAAACUAGGGAAAUGUGGUCUAGAUAUUACCAUUGGCAACUUUGAAUCCCCACUGAUGUAUGAAGUCUCAGAGCACCAAGUCAGCGGCACAGACAGUUCAGAAAGCAGUUUGGGGAGCUCUGUCACAGCAUGUAAGAAGGUUCUCUGCAGCAACAGUCUACUAGAGUCAACUGACUACUGGCUACAGAAUCAGAGGACACCAUGCCGAAUUGGCUUUGUGGAAGACAAAUCAGAAAACAAAUGUGCUUCAGUUUGCUUUGUGAAUCUAGAUGCAAACAAAGAUGAUUGCAGUGAUGAGCACUUAAAACAGAGAUUGAUCAGUGUCUCUCCAAAUCUCCCAAAACUUAUCAGCUCUAUGAAUGUACAACCACCAAAAGAAAACGAAAUAGUCCUGCUAAGCGGAUUAACUUCAGGAAACCUUCAGGCUGAUUUUGAAGUUUCCCAGUGUCCUUGGCUGGCAGAUGUAUGUUUGGUUCAGUGUGCAAGGGGAAACAGAAAAAACAGCAUAGGCUGCAUCAUCUUUGAAAUAAACAAGUUUCUGAUUGGACUGGAGCUUGUGCAGGAGAGACAGCUGCAGAUAGAAACUAAUAUCUUAAAGCCUGAGGAUGAUACAAACUGUUCAGUGUCCUCAAUAGAAGAAGAUUUUCUCACAGCAUCUGAGCACCUUGAAGAUGAGAAUGAGGCUGAUGAAUAUAAAAAUGGUCAUGAAAAUUUACAUGUCACAGAACCUGCAUCAGAUAUCAGAAAGCAUAAAGGAAAGGGACUUGAGAACCUACACUAUAGGAAGACCACGUUGCCAUUUGCCCUUGAUGACAACUGCUUUAAUAAAGAAAACUUAGCUUCUGCUAAAAACUCUGCUGAUUCAGAAGAAGCGCUGAAUAUCGUGGCUGAAGACAGCAUCUUACAAACUGUGGAUAAGUCCAUCCAGCAACUACAGUGGAAGAAUGGUUUAGCUGGAAGAGUUAGGUCAUCCCCUAAUACUAAUAGCCUGGAAAGAUCCCUUACAGACAAGGCUGAAAAUUCCUAUCCAGUGUGCACUUCAGAAGGUGUAUCUUUGACCAGAAUGGCUAAGGAAGAACUAGCUUCUCAGUGUGACACAAUAUCAAAACAAAACAAUAAGCUAGACACAGAAGAGCGUACAAGUGAAAGGAAACCUCAUCCUCCUUUGCAAAAUGAACAAGCAACAACAGGUCAAUAUGCUACAAAUUUAGCAGAGUCUGUUCUGCAAGAUGCAUUUAUUAGAUUGUCCCAAUCUCAACCCACUUUUACCAAGGAGGCUGCUAUUAGCAUCUCUGUAGGAAACUCCUUAAAUUCAGCAACUUGUACAACAGAAGACAUAACGUCCCGAUCAUGGAAUGAACUUCCAAAAAUUGUCAUAGUUCAAAGCCCAGACAGCUGUGAAAAUACAUCAGAAUGGCCUGGGUCUGGUUUCCCAAAUCUGUGCCAUUGGUCUGAAUCAGAAAGUUCUGCUGAAAUUUCAGAUUACCUGCAGGAAGAGAAUUCCAAAGGACACACCCAGAGUGCACUGGAAGUAGCUUUGGCUUGUGCAGCCACAGUUAUUGGAACCAUUUCAAGCCCCCACGCUGCAGAAAGACUCAAAAGAGAACAAGAAGCCACGGACUCUAAAAGCAAAACAGUUGAUAAUGAAGAGGAACAGAUAAAAUCUUCACAAGUACUUGAUAACUGUGCAGAUACAGAAUAUUCAUUUCCAUCUGCUUUGUGUGGCAUGACUCAAGUAGCAAGUGCUGUAGCAGUCUGUGGUCUUGGUGAAACAAAGGAAGAUAAAUACCCUGCAACUUCAAGUGGACUCUUAUCUGCAGCUGAGACUUCUGCAGCUAUUACCCUUCAUUGUAGUAUAGCCAUAGGAAGCAGCAUGGAGAAGUUGAACAAAAGCAUUGCAGAGACAUUGCUCAAAGAGGCAUCCAUGAUUUUGACAAAGCCCAAUACAUACAGAAAUGUAGGGGACUUUAUGGAAUCCAUAAAUGGAAGAAUUAUUGAAACAGCAACAAGGCCCCGGAUUUCACCCUUGGAUGAAGUAAUUUGCGAUGAACUCGCACAAAAUGUAUCAAAUGUUAUUCUGCGGCAUUCUGUGGAAGAGGUUAGGAAGAAAAGACAGCUACACCCUGGUUCAGACAGUAACUCAGACUUCAGUACACACGACAUGUUUAUGGAGACUGCCAAUGAACUGCUUUUUAACGUGAUAUAUUUCACUUGCAAGAAGAUGAGAGAUAUUGCACAGGUUGGGGAGUGUUCACCUCUCUUCUCCGAGGACAAAGACAGAUGGAGGGUAACCGAAACAGAAAACCAAGGAACACAGACAACAGCUACUGAACCAUCACAGCAAGCCCCAGAUCACACUAAUGAACCAUUUAGUACUUUUUACAGUGCUAAUGCUGGCAAAAAUCUUGUAAAUUUGACAAAUACAAAGAAAGAUAAUAAGGAGGAAGGGGUGUCAAAUACCAUGGAAAGUGCCACACUGCGUUCAGACCUGCUGUGUAGUGUCAGUGGGCAUAACUCACUGGUUGCAAAAACAUCCCCCAAGAAAAGAUAUCUGAAAAGAGCCACAAGAGAUUGCUACAGAUCCCCAUAUCAAAGCAAGAAAGACCUCAGGUCUUUUUCAGACAGGGAAAACACACUUACAGUCAAUGAAUGCAGACAUGGUGUUCAAGAGCAGUUAUCUUCUGAUGCCAUUGUGAACACAGAAAACCAAAGCAAACACAAGUGUGAUGCUUUGCUAAAUAAUGAAGUCCAAGUUAGUGUGUCUUUGUUAGGUAAUCACAUCUUGUUUCCUUCUCAGCCUGUGCUACAGGUAAAACAUCCAAGGGAUACAUACUGUGUAACAGAUUUUGCAGAAGAAUUAGCAGAAACCGUGGUCUCUAUGGCAACAGAAAUAGCUGCCAUUUGUCUUGAAAACUCAAAUGGUAAGCAACCCUGGUUCUGUGCAUGGAAAAGAGGAAAUGAAUAUCUGGUGACCCAGAGUUUAUCAUGCAGAACUAUAAAAAGGAAGAAGGAAUCACAGCCCAAUGGCUCAGUUGUUAGGAAGCACAGGCCACCUAGGCUUAGUGAGAUCAAAAGGAAAACAGAUGAGCAUCCUGAACUAAAGGAAAGACUGAUGAACAGAGUAGUGGAUGAAUCCAUCAACCUUGAAGAUACUCCAGAGUCUGUCAGCAUCUUUGCAAAUGAAGUGGCUGCUAAAAUUAUGAACCUAACCGAGCUAUCCAUGGUUGAUAAUGUCUGGCAGGGUCCAAACCAUCCCAGAAACAGAUUGCACUGUGAAAGAUGGGGCCGGGCAAAGGGGUCCAGCUGUGAGAGCAUACCAGAAGAGGAUUCGGAUUCCAAAGGGUCUGUAAAUACUUUGGGCCCAAUGAACAUUUUAGGUCAGCCGGGAAGCCAGACUAGUUCUGUCUCUAAGCAGUCUAGUUGUGAAAGUAUUACAGAUGAAUUUUCAAGAUUUAUGGUGAACCAGAUGGAAAAUGAAGGAAGAGGGUUUGAUUUAUUACUGGACUACUAUGCAGGAAAAAACGCAAGCAGCAUUCUAACUUCUGCCUUGCAACAGGUUGCCAGGAAAAAUGGCCACCUCAACGUGAGACCAAGCUGCCCAUCCAAACAGUCUAGCACAGAAAGCAUCACAGAAGAGUUUUAUAGGUAUAUGCUAAGGGAAAUAGAAAAGGAAAAUAAAGAUGACGCUUCUUCCAUCAGGAGUUCAAGGGAGUGGAGUGGCAGCUUGUUACCACCUUCUCCACGAUCACCGUUUUGUUUUAGACAAUCCUCUAUGCCUGACAGCAGAUCAUCAGGUUCCAGGCUAACAGUGAAUGCACCAGUCAAAGCAAAAUCAUUAGAUGGCUUUGCUCACAACAGCCACCGGGAUUCCUUAAGCAUACAGCAGGUCAACACUGUGUCUUCUUUGGGUCUUUGCAAGUCGGACUCAUGCCUAUACCAAAGAUGUAGGACUGACCAGGUAACAGACAUGCUGAUUCAUGAGACAUGGGCAAGCUCAAUUGAAUCUCUAAUGCGUAAGAACAAGAUUAUAGGGGAUGAGGCAGAGGUUACAGAUGCUGAUCAAUUCCCCAGUGAUUCCCCACUGCAUGUAGAACAAUAUGCAAACAGACUGGCUGCAAAUAUUGUUGAAAGUGGGAAAACGUUAAUUGUCGUCCAUCAAGAUUCCUUUGACUAUACAAACCGGGAACGUGUAGCAGAAGGCAGAUCUCUCCCAAGUGUGACUCAAAGUCAGUCUAACCCCACAAGGGACAGAAUAAAUUUAGAUGGAAAAAAAGAACAACUCACAACCCAUGGAUCCCUCCAGGGAAGCCAUAUAGGCUCCUCUGCUUUCCUAAAGGAAGUGCCUUUGAUUCAGAUAGAAACUGAUCAAAGAGAAGAGCUGAAUAAAGACUUAGAGCCCUUAACUUCUAGUAUCAUCCCCGCUGGGGAAACAAAGGAGCAUCUAAACAAAGAAAAACCUCCAGCAGCAUAUUCUGGGAAGCACAUGGUUUCAAGCUCCGUGAUAAAUACCAGUGUUGAUACUAGAAGCAAGCCAGAUGCUGAACUCAUGGUGGAAACAAAACCAGCUGAAGACUUUCCAAACCCUCUCAACAGCAGCGAUGAAAGCACAGGCAGCUGGUCCCAGCUAGUUAAUGAUGAGGACAAUCCUGAUGAUACAAGUAGCUACUUGCAACUCAGUGAGAGAUCCAUGAGCAAUGGCAACAGCAGUACCACUAGCAGUCUUGGCAUUAUGGACCUGGAAAUUUAUCAGGAAAACAUGCCCUCUUCUCCUAUGAUUAAUGAAUUAGCAAAAGAAAAGGCUUUCCUUAAAGAACAGCCAGAAAACAUAGAGGUGACUCCUUUUUCAGAAAGCACUUCUGGACUAUCAGUGGAAACAGCCAAUUGUCAAAAAGACCUACUGGUGAUAAACUUUGACCUGGAGCCAGAGUGCCCAGAUGCAGAGCUACGAACCACUCUUCAGUGGAUAGCAGCUUCUGAACUUGGAAUACCAACCAUCUAUUUUCAGAGAUCUCAGGAAAACAGAAUUGAAAAGUUUCUAGAUGUCAUGCGGUUAGUUCACCAGAAGUCCUGGAAAGUGGGUGAUAUCUUUCAUGCGCUGGUACAAUACUGCAAGCUACAUGAGGAAAGCAGGGAGAGGACACCUAGCCUCUUUGACUGGCUUCUCGAAUUGGGAUAA